GUUUUGUGACACGAACGACUCGCAUAACUGGCGCUGUGUGCGGCAGCGCAUUUGUGCGUGCAUGCGAAAGAGUCUUGCGCUGCAAAACGACGACGCGCAGCGAUUUGGCACACAUUGAUGUGGAGGGUGUUGCUGCUGGCAACUGCAAGCGCCUUAAGGGUGCAGCCACGGCGUCGCAUACAUAGCCUGAGAAUGGCUGCUGCUGCCGCAUCAGUGAUCGUCGAGACGGAUGCCACGGACAGCGUCAAAAUUACCAUCGGCGCCCGCACGCUGCAGCGAACGGCUGGAGAACCGCUGCAGAAAGCUUUGGGCCGUCUCGCGCCGAAGAAGCCUAAGAAAGGCAAGAAAGCAGCGCCUGCGCCGCCGGCCCCGCCGGCGCGAUUGCUGGAUGCCACCGACAGCGAAGUCGACGUGGCGACGCCUCUGCUAGAUGCGCUGACGCGCGGACGAUGGCUCGAGCUCGAGGGCGCGCGCAUUCCUGUCGCCCUUAAUCCUCCGACAGUCGUGGCCGUCGAGUGCUACGGCGAACCGACGGCCGGCUCGCCGCUGAUGCCCCUCGCGGAGCUGAAGCGUGCCGAAGCAGACGACGUGUGCUAUUGCUACUCGCUGGACGGCGAGGCAUGCGGCACCGGGGCUGCCUUCACGCCGGAUGACGAAGCAGUCGGUCGCACGCUCACGGUCGAAGCGUCGGUCGGCGACUCCUGCGUCACGCGCGACCUCGGCAAAGUGGCGCCGCGGUGGCGGAGGCCGGAACACGACGCCCGCGUGGCGGCGAUCGGCGCUCCGGCCGGGAUCCGUGUUGCGACGUACAACGUGCUCGCCGACGCCUACCGCCACACCUGGGACGCCGGCAUUCACACGCACUGCGAGCCACGGUACACGGCGGCCUCCCGGCGCAUCCCUAUGGCCAUUGACGAGGUAUUAUCGUAUGCGCCGUCGAUCGUCGCGCUGCAGGAGGUCGACCCGCGCUGGUGGGAGCGCCUGUGGCUCCCGAGGCUCCGGGCUGAAGGAUACGACGCCGCUCUCGUUUUGAAGAGCGGUGCGGCGCAGGAGGGCGAAGCUAUUGCCUGGCGGCGUGGCGCGUGGACUCCCGUCGAGAGCCGCGAGAUCGCGUUGUCCAUCGGCCGCGCCGACGCCGCGGAACGGGAAAUUGCACCGCCGUCAGCUAUUGCCGAGUUCCUGGCCGCCCACCCGUCUGCCGCGGAAGCGAUGCGACGCAUCGGCACCGUCGCGCAGCUCGUCGUGCUCGAAGAUAAAGAUGGCCGCCGCCUGUGCGUCGCGAACACGCACUUGUUUUUCGCGGGGCGCGCGACGCACGUUCGCACGAUCCAAGCCGCGUUGAUAAUCGAGGAGGCGUCCAAACUUUGCGACGCGACGGGGGCUAGUCUGGUCGUCGUCGGAGACUUGAAUGCGGAAAAUCAUGAUGCGGCCUUGCGGUACUUGCUCGACGGCGGCGUCGCGGCGGACGAUCCUGAUUGGUAUACUGGUAGCACCUUCUCCUGGGGCUACGCGUCGUCGCGCAGGGCGCGCGCGAGGGCCGUCGACGCCUUCGCCGCGGCCGACGGAGACCUGGACGCCGCGCUCGACGCCAUGGACGCGGCGCAGAGCGGCGACCUCGCGGCCGAGCGGCGCACGCGCGCCGCCGCGAGCCUCCGGCUCGUGUCUCGCGAGCCGCCGAGUGGCGACGUCGAGGAGCUGGUCGCCGCGCUGGCCGCGGGCGAGACGUACAAGACGAACCCUCUCGUCGCGCUGUUUCAAAUGCGCGCAGACUGCGGCCUGCGGCGCGGCGGCCUCUCGCUCGUUGAUGGGGAACUCGAUGCCGCAGCGACAGCUGUGGAGUCGCUCCGCGCCCGCGCCGAGAGCGCCGCGGCGGCGGGGCGGGUCGCGCAGACGGCGCUCGUCAAAGCCGCGGAGGGCGACGACGUUGUCGGCAUCGGCAUGCGGCUCGCGCACUCGCGCAAGCUGGCGUCGGCGUACCCGCGGACGGAGCCCUACACGAACCUCGCGGGCAACGACUUUGUUGCCACGCUGGACUGGAUCCUCCACGAGGACGCGUUGCGGACGCGGGCCGUGGCGCCUAUUCCGGACCUGGACGCGGUGCGCGCGGCGUAUUUCGCGCUGCCCUCGGAGUCGUUCCCGUCGGACCACGUGUGUCUUGUGGCGGAUUUGGAGUGGUCUUAAAAUGUCUGUUGUC